ACCGGAGGCGGUUGACGCGGUUUCCCCUACACGAUCAUCGAAAUAGAGUAAGCAGUAAGACUGUACUAGCUUCUAGUGUUCUUAGUGCCUUUCUUCUUUGAGGUGUAAGGCGGCCCUCCCGCCGUUCUCCCUCCGUUCGAGAGGGCCAUUCAGAGUCGGUUCGCGAAGCUCUCCGUGCUUGCUGCUUCAGUUUGGCGGGCUUAGCGUCAGUCAACAGUCGUGCGGUACUGCCAACUUCGCGGACACGCUUGGCGGGAACCGGCUCGCGGCAACAACCUACAAGUCCUACAACCCACCCCAAAGUUUAUGUGCGCGUGAAACAUGUCUAUAAAAUCAGACUAUUUGAUGCUUUUACGAUGGUUCAUCGUAAUAAAUAUUGCUGUGAGAGCCCGAGGUGCGCUAUUGGGUGCGCAGUGCCGCUCUAGCUCAGACUGCGCGGUGCGGAACACGCACUGCGAAAACGGACUCUGCGCCUGCGACCCGUACUUCGCUAAAAUUGACAACUCCACGUGUCUUGAGUCAACGCUAUUGGGCUCGGAGUGCGUCGUAUCGGAGCAGUGCACUCUGAAGGUGGCUUACAGUGCUUGUUUGGAAGGCGUGUGCCGCUGCUCCGACGGUCAUCUGCAGUUCAGGAAGCACACAUGUCUUUCUCCUGCACCACCCGGACAUGUCUGCUACAGCAACGAACACUGUCGGCUAUGGGACAGAGAAAGUCAUUGUGAAUUUGUCAUACCCAAUCUCUUUGGUAGAUGCUCCUGCAACGCAUUUUACCGAUUAACCGGCGAUAAAUGUGUGGCACAAAAACCGACCUUGGUCACAGAAGCGGUUGUUGCUGAACAAGAAACCGUGUUAGUGGACGCCAAUGGAACCAUAUUAGAAAAUACUGUGAGCCAUAAAUCGCCCACGGCAUCCGCAUUUGUAAAUUCUGGGUCCGUAGAUUAUUUACGACCAGCAAACACAUUUACAGAUUCGUCAGAAGAUGUCAAGCCUAGUAACUUACCAAUGUUCACGAACAAAAACGAAAUACUAAGCACACAAGAAGAUAGUCCACUAAUGCAAGCUGUUAUGAAAGUUCCCGAACCAACUAAAAAACUGCCGGUGUCAAACCGCAAAGAUGGAGAACCUAAUGAAACCGUUGGUAUCGAUGAGUUGACUGCCAAUUUGCAUGCAAACGAUCAGCCGAUCUAUAGAGUUGUGACGCAACCGUCCUUAGAUAAGAAAAGUAACAAAAAAACCGGAACAUCUAAAGACCAGCAGAAAUACAAAACAGGACACCAGAAGAAAUCAUCUUUGAAAGAUAAACACCGUAUCCGAGCAGAUUCCGUAGCUGAUAUCGGGCCGGCCUCUCUCGGAAUGCCUUGUUUAACCGACUCACAGUGCCAUCUCGUUGAUCCGUACACGCGAUGUCUCAACAAACGCUGUGACUGUGCGUAUCGGACUAAUUCCACUUCGGCGUGCUCAGCGAGAAACAGAGGGUGCUUGCCGGGGACAUUCCAGUGCCGUUCGACUGGGGCGUGUAUCAGUUGGUACUUUGUCUGUGAUGGCCGAAAAGAUUGUCCCGACGGAUCCGAUGAAACUUGUCAAGGUACCGGUAAAGAUGGUACUGGCGAGCGGUGUCCCAUGCACGCGUUCCGUUGCGGCGGCGUGGGUUCUCAAUGCGUGUCGCGGGCGGCGCGGUGCGACGGCACACCUCAGUGCUCCGGCGGAGAGGACGAGAGGAAUUGUCGGGCUACAAGGAGAAAAGGAUGUCCUCGCCAUACGUUCCGCUGCGGAUCUGGGGAGUGCUUGCCAGAGUACGAAUUCUGCAACGCCAUAGUGUCUUGCAAGGAUGGCUCGGAUGAGCCUAAACACCUCUGCAAUGAGCAAUCACGAUGGCGGGCCGCGGAUUUCUGCCCGCUACGUUGCGGGAACGGGCGCUGCAGGAGCACGGCUGUGGCCUGCUCGGGCCGGGACGGGUGUGGUGACAACAGUGACGAGAUUGCUUGCACCGUCUGUAGAUGUCCAGCGCCACAAGAUAAACCUUGAAUUUGAGUGUAGUUCAACGAAUCAUUCUAGUGAACAUUCUUGACUGUGUCGGAUCUCAACUUAUAGUGCAUUUAUUAUUUGUCGAGUGUGAUCGUUCUGUCUCUUAGCAUACAACGCAAUAGCCGAGGCUGCUCAAAUGGUAACACUGCCAUAAGGCGGGUUACCUAAUA